AUGUCCAACUCAACCAUUAUCUCACUGGUAGUGAGUAGCAUGCUCCUUCACUUAACUUUGGUGCAUGCUCUGAAUGGCUACAAUGUUGAAUCAAAAGAUAAUGCAAGGAUCACUGUUAAUAGUGGAGUUUAUUCAAUUUCCUUCUCAACACUGAACAAUUGUCCACUAACGUUAGGUCACCUUAGAUAUGGUAAUUUUCUGGAUUUAUACGAGUUACCAACCUCCAUUCCGAGUACUUUCAAAGUCAUUGCAAAUAAUGUCUCCUCUUUUUCUAGUUCUGAACUCUAUUCAUUCACAUUUUUAACUUAUUUUGUGCUAUUCAAUAACGAAUCUAAACCUUGUUAUGCUGAUACAUUUAGUGCAACAAUGGAAGUGAAUUUAUUGACCAAUUCAUCUAGUUCAUUUACACUUCCGUAUUUUGUUACUACAACCUUUUCAAUUGAUGAUUAUGGUAGUAAUUAUGACAAGUUAAUAAUUGUGAAAAAUACGCCUAGUUCUUUAUCAUUGGCUUUUGCUUAUGAAAUUUUAACUGAACGAAGACCAAUUACUCCAUACGAAAUGGAUAAUAAUUACGAAAUGAAUAGUAAUUAUCCUCUUAACAUUAGAUUAGAAAAAACGAUAACAAGCACAACAUAUAUGUAUCUAAAAUGUACUACUGUUUCUGGUUGUCCAAUUUCUUUAUCUCUUGGCAUACGUAAUAAGGAUUAUACUGAGGCAAUUAUUGGAUCUUUGGUUGGUGUAAUUGUUCUAGCAGUUAUUGUUGUGAUUGCAUGUGGAUUGGCACUCAUUAUUUGGAGAGUAAGACGUUCAAAAUAUUCACCAGUGAUUGGAAAUUAG